AUGCGUUCCAAGCUGGAACGCAUCGCGUCCCGGCUCGUCACUUCCGGACCCGCCGAACGAAGCUGCGCUGAAAAAAAGAGAGAGUUACAUCACUAUCUGAAAAGAGUCACACUCACAGACACCGACAACCUGAGUUCUUAUUUUGAUGAAAAUGGAGAAUUUAUCACUCACUAUGGGAUUAAUAACUUGUUCCUUAAAAAUCGUUUUCCCUUUGCCUUGUCUUGGGCACAAGUUGGAAAAUACACGCCAUGGGCUCCCCCAGAUCAGAGACUUAAUAUAACAACAGAGGCAAUAACAUGGAACACAUUAGACAACAAGGUAAAGUACGUUCAAGUGAUCCUCAAAGGGCAAGUUGUUGAAGAUUUGGGGCAUAUACUGAUUCAGUUAUACAGUGACAACUGCUUCAGAUGCCCAGAUUUGGAAUGGCCCAAUAAUAGAAAGAAUCAGUGCAUUCCAAAAAAAGAAGACUUUCUUUCCUACACUACUGAUGUAAUUUCAAUAGUUCUGUCAUCAGUAUCAGUUCUCUUUUUGCUUAUAACAUUUUUGAUAUUGGGAGUGUUUAUAAAAUACCGUGACUCCCCCAUUGUGAGAGCCAACAACAGAAGUCUCAGUUUCCUCCUCCUUGUCUCCAUCAAGCUGAGUUUCCUCAGUGUGUUUCUGUUCCUCGGUCGCCCUGGGGAUAUAACCUGCCGGCUGCGUAACAUCACUUAUGGAAUCGCCUUCUCCAUAGCCGUCUCUUCUCUCCUGGCCAAGACUAUCAUGGUUUAUAUUGCUUUCAAAUCCACCAAGCCAGGGAGCUCAUGGGGAAAAUGGAUGGGAGUGAAACUGUCCAAAUCUGUAGUCUUGGUCUUUUCGUCCAUUCAAAUAAUAAUCUGCAUUACUUGGUUGGCCAUUUUUCCUCCCUUUCAGGAACUGGACAUUCACACUUACCCUGGAACCAUCAUCAUUCAGUGCAAUGAGGGCUCAGCUCUUGGCUUUUACUCAGUUAUUGGGUAUAUGGGGCUUCUGGCAGCUGUUAGUUUUGUUUUAGCAUUUUUAGCUCGGAGCUUACCGGACAGUUUUAAUGAGGCCAAGUACAUC